AGACCUGGAAGACCACUAAUUUUAUUUUUUUACUUCCUGGCAUAGCCACCUAGGAGGAAGAAUGAAGAAGAAGUCUACUUAUUAAUAUUUUUAUUUUAAGCACUGUUGUAAAAAAAAGUUGUGAUAAUUAUAAUUUCUUUUCAGGUCGACCUACUCAAAAAAACAAGUAUCACAUCAACUCAUGAAGGGUCUUGGGUUCAGUACUUUGUAAGAAAGUGCUGUUUCUAAGCCACUAGUUGUCCAAGGAACUAAUUUAGACAUUCUCGAGUUCAACUCCCAACUUUUUCACACAAUUAAGAGCACUUGUUCUAGGUGGUUCUUCCAAACCCUAAGCCAAGGCUGAUGUAAGAGAAUCAAUAAUUAUAUGCCACAAUCAGACUUGAACCAUACCCAGAAUAUAGGAACACAGUCUAACUCACUGAACUACUCCACUCACCAAAUUGACCUCCUUGCAAGAGUUUUAAAAAAAUUUCUGGAAAGCACGCAUCAAAAAAGUAAUUGUGGAAUCAACCUUCCAAUGUGGGCACAAUGUCGCGUGGAAUGCACCAGCCUCGGUUUUGAUGCUGUCAAAUCUCUCAAUGAGCUCGUAUGUCGUGAUAGUCAGAGAUCAAUCGGGUUCAUGAUGGAGCCUUGAAAGAACUCAACAGUUGUAAAAUGUCUCUUGAAUAAUCCUUCCAACUCCAAAUCAGGUGGCUUCCUACCAUUUAUGAUUAUAACAGAAAAUAAUGAACAUAAAAAAAAAAAAAGAAGAAAGAAAGAGACAGCAAGAAAGUAGAAAAUAUAAAAAAAUUAUUCUACAUUCUAAUUGUCGUAGCAUGCGAUGGUAACAUUUAAUUAACCACUCUUAGUAAAGCCUGGAAUGUUCCAGAUUAACUUCACUCGAGUGACAUUCACAAGCAUCUAACGUGCUUUCUCUAUCUGCCUCCAUCUCCAGUUACCUUCACACGCUCAAGAUCGACAGCAUUCAUCAUUGUGCCCUGAAAAAACUCCACUGUAGUGUAGUGGCGUUUUAGAAGGCCUUCAAGCUCCAAAUCUGGUUCCUUUCUGUAAUUCAUAACCCAAAUUUUGCCCUACACUAUUACUUUUCGAUCAUUCUUUCAAAAUAAUUAUGUAUAAAUAUUUCAUGAACUAAAAAUACAUACAUAAAACCCAAAAAAAGUAAUAAUAAAUAUAACAUUAAUUAAAGCUGGG